AAAAUGCAAAAAAGUGAGCUGAUGAAUGCGCAAAGGGUGACUAUGUAAUCCUCGUUACGGUUGGUCUGACUCCCCUGUUCCCCGUCAUGAUCCUGCUGUCCCGCUCAGUAGCCCCCGGCCUUUCCUUUCUUACGCGCCCCUUCAUGUUAGGAUGUCGUUGAUUGACAAUGUAACUGCUGACUUCUUGGCGGUUCUGAAGCGGGGAAAGUAUGAGAUCUGCAAAAAGUAUCUCCUUGAUAGGCCUUUUUUUGAAGGAAUACAAGAGAGAAGUUCGGACAAAGAAGACCAGGCGCCAGGCACUACUACGAGCAGCUGCUACGGAUUUGAUUAACGGAGAGGAGGAAGAAGAGCCAAAAGGGGACGCGGUGGCGAUGGAAGGGCUACAGGAGAUCACACACGAGAGAGCGAUGGCAAUGACGCGCUUGCUUCGCAGUGGCUGCGCAGGAAAUGCUGGCCGUAAGAGUUGGAGGCCCUUUGCCGUAUUACCGACGAAGAACGCAGAACAAUUCUAGCGCCAGGGCUGAGAUUAGAAAAAUCAUGCUGCAAGAUGAUGUCUGGACGUGGGAAGAAGAGCCCAAGGCGAGGACUAUGAAAAUGGACUCGCCUGCAGCCAAAAUGGUAGCAACUAAGGUGAACGAGCUGAAAAUGGUAAAGACGGCGCCACUUAUGUUCCGGGGAAUCUCCGUGGAUGUGAUCACUGCAAUCGAAGACGAAAAAACAAGAGAGCAGCACGUCGAGGAGCCUCUUCAGGUUACCUUGCCUGGGGUAGACCUUGCUGAGGCUCCUCCGUUAGUUAAGGAGAAGGGGGCACGAGUAGCAGAGGGUUGAAAAAUGUGGCACGCAAUGAACACGCUGAGGAAAGAAGAAAGGCCAAGCCUUAAAGGUAGCGAAGUGAAAAGAAGCACAGAGUUAGCAUAGAAACAGGGCGCGACUCUUGUUGCAGUUAUGUGAAAAAACUGCAUGUUUGAGACUUGGCGUGACCUCCUUGAGAAGGUCCAUGCGAC